GUACUGUACAAGCACAAGAUUAUUGUUUUUGGAGGCUUCUAUGACACUCUUAGAGAAGUGAGGUACCAUAAUGAUCUCUAUGUAUUUGACCUUGAUCAGUUCAAGUGGCAAGAAAUAACUCCUAGGCCGGGUUCCAUGUGGCCAAGUGCCCGAAGCGGUUUUCAGUUUUUUGUGUACCAAGAUGAGAUUUUCUUAUAUGGUGGCUAUUCCAAAGAAGUUUCAUCUGAUAAAACUGGCUCUGAGAAAGGAGUUGUUCAUUCAGACUUGUGGUCUCUUGAUCCUAGGACUUGGGAAUGGAACAAGGUGAAAAAAAGCGGGAUGCCUCCUGGACCUCGAGCUGGGUUUUCUAUGUGUGUUCAUAAGAAGCGAGCUUUGUUCUUUGGGGGUGUGGUGGACAUGGAAGUUGGAGGUGAUGUAAUGAUGAGCUUGUUCUUGGACGAACUUUAUGGUUUCCAAUUAGACAACCAUCGCUGGUAAGCCUCAUCUGAGGUUUA